CUGAUUGGCUGUCUCUGUAAGCUACUGUGCGACGAGUCGGCGGCCGUCGAGUGCGCAUGCGCAGUUUGGUGCCGCCGUGACCGACGUCUCGGUGAUCGUGUGUGUCGGUAACGGUCUCCGCUCUCGCCGCCAUGUCCCUGCACGGGAAGCGGAAGGAAAUCUACAAGUACGAGGCGCCAUGGACCGUGUACGCCAUGAACUGGAGCGUGAGACCAGACAAGAGGUUCCGUCUUGCCCUGGGGAGUUUUGUGGAGGAAUAUAAUAAUAAGGUGCAGUUGGUCGGUCUGGAUGAGGAGAGCUCGGAGUUUAUCUGCAGGAACACCUUUGAUCACCCAUACCCCACCACAAAGCUUAUGUGGAUUCCUGACACCAAGGGGGUGUACCCUGACCUGCUGGCUACGAGUGGGGAUUAUCUGCGUGUCUGGAGGGUCGGAGAGACAGAGACGCGCCUGGAAUGCUUGCUCAACAAUAACAAAAACUCAGAUUUUUGUGCCCCCCUAACUUCAUUUGAUUGGAAUGAGGUGGACCCCAAUUUAUUGGGAACUUCCAGCAUUGACACAACUUGCACCAUCUGGGGUUUGGAGACUGGGCAAGUCCUGGGCAGGGUGAACUUGGUAUCUGGUCAUGUGAAAACACAGCUUAUUGCUCACGACAAAGAGGUGUAUGACAUUGCAUUUAGUCGGGCGGGAGGUGGUCGGGACAUGUUUGCCUCAGUCGGAGCUGAUGGCUCUGUACGUAUGUUUGACCUGCGCCAUCUGGAGCACAGCACCAUUAUCUAUGAAGACCCCCAACAUCACCCUCUGCUCAGACUGUGCUGGAACAAGCAGGACCCCAAUUAUCUUGCAACCAUGGCCAUGGAUGGAAUGGAGGUAGUGAUUCUGGAUGUGCGAGUGCCCUGUACCCCAGUGGCCAGGCUAAAUAACCACCGUGCCUGUGUGAACGGUAUUGCCUGGGCCCCGCAUUCCUCAUGUCACAUCUGUACUGCAGCUGAUGAUCACCAGGCCCUAAUUUGGGAUAUUCAACAGAUGCCACGUGCCAUUGAGGAUCCAAUCCUGGCGUACACAGCAGAGGGAGAAAUCAACAAUGUGCAGUGGGCAAGCACCCAACCCGACUGGAUCGCCAUCUGUUACAACAACUGCCUGGAGAUCCUCCGAGUCUGACUUUAUUUAUUCCAACCUCCCCUUACCCCAUACCCAUCCCAUCCCAUUGUCUGGGAUUUUUUUUUUACAUAUUUAGUAUUAGUGUUCAAUAUAUUCCUGUUGGUUUGUGAGUCUUCCAUCUAUAAGCAAUGCUAAUGCAUAGGUGCAAGAGAGGCUCAUGUAGUUACAUAAAUUGGCACCUUGUGACUCAUCCCAAAUAUUGUAAUGAAUUAGCUCUGCUUAAUAAAUCAGGCUUUUCUCUCCAGCCUGAAACAGGAGGUGUGAGAAGAUAUUUCUUAUUACACUCCCCCUUCUGGAGUCUGUAUUUUAUUUUACUCUGUGUAGACAACUUGUUAGAUGUUACGUAUCUUCUUGCUGUGUUUUAAUGUUACUAUCUUGAGGGUAAGGGCCAUUUUUGCAACAUCUCAUCUGUAAUAAUGCUUAUGUAAACACAUUAAUAUUUGUGUUUGUAGACUUGAUAUAUUGUUAUCAAGUGAUGCCUGUGGCUAUACAUUUCUUUUCUUAAAUGGAGCCCUUUUCAGUGGGCUAUAUAAUAAGAUAAGUGUGUGAUUAUUUUAUUUGAUCUCCACUGUAUACAAUUUUGUUGGUUGGAACAAGGUGUCUGACAGACAUAUACACAAUACAAAUACAAAAUAAGUUACUUUACCAACUGCAGUGUAUAUAAUCUGUUGUGGAACUACAAGUGUAGUGCAUGCUGUACCUUGUAGUGUCACAACAGGUUUGAAGUCACCGUCCUAUGUAAAAGCUCUACACCACACAAUGUAAAUAGCAGCAAAAGCCUACAUUUGAGUUAUGUAUUCCGGCAAUGGGAGUACCCAUGGAUUUUUAUCGAAAAACAAUAUAAGCGAAGUACAUGCGUGCUCCCUGCUAUAUUGUUUCAUAAUACUUUUUUUUGGGGGGGGGGGGGCUGUGUUCUGUUAUUGCUAAAUGUUAUGUAUUCAAAACUUUUGCUUUUAUUCUGGAAGGUAUAUUCGUCAUUCAAUGGGGUUUUUUUUUUUAGCUUCAGAUUUAUAUUAGCAGAGUUGUUCAUUUCUUUUGCCCUGGAAUAUGGCACGGUGUAUUUCUGUACUCUGCACUGGAUAGAAUCAGAGAACCACUUUGGGGGGAAUUCAAUUGUUUGAAAAGUCGGUUGGGUGUCUGUUUUUUUUUUUUUCUGUCUACUAGAUGAGAAAAAAAAAAGACGCCCAACUGACUUUGCAAACAAUUGAAUACCCCCUUUGUGUCUAAGGACAAUGAAGAUAAACAACUGACUGAUUACACAAAACCACAGAGGGGAGCUAGAAUAAGUAAUGCAUUUAGUAAAAGUUCCACAAGCCUCUAAAUCUGAUGGACUUUUUUUUUUUUUUUUUUUUUUUUUUAAACCUAAAAUGAAUAUAAACAUGGACUUAUUGAAAUGUGAAAUAAAAGUAAUAUACUUAUCUGAA